AGUCUGAUCAUAUAUAUGCAAAAUAACCGACACUUGCUACUGCACCACGCAAUCACGCCGGCUUCUCUGAUUACCGCGCAUCUGUCAUCCAUCUGCACGUUGACGUAUAAAAGCAUACAGCACUUGGUUACAGUUCACAUCUCGACCGGCGGACGUGACUGCUGUUUUUAUACAAGCUACCGUUAUUUUGUGUGUUUUUGUAUGUUUGGAGAAUUCAGCCCGAAUUACGUUGUCGAUGCGGUAGUGAUUUACGGAAGUUUAUGAUACUGCGAAUUGUCCAUUUGGGAUUGAACUGGGAGCUAUAAGGAUUCGCCUCCUUCGUCUAUUAAGUCUUAGAAGAUGAGGUUGUUGUUGGUCGCCGCGGUCUUGUGUGCCGCUUAUCAUAACCUUCAGGCCAGUAGCCAUAAAAAAUCGUCAAGUCGGGGCAAAGCGAAGAGCGAGCGCAAGCGUAACAUCGACUACACCGGCCCGGUCUCCAACACCGGCUAUAAUUCCCCGCUGGCCCAGGAGCAGGCCGUUUACGCGGCCGCCCCACCACCCCGAUCGUACGGUCCGGCCCCACCCCCUCAGAACCCGCUAGUUUUCGAUGCCCUGGAUAUUCUGCGCGGCCGACCCCCGCUGACCGCCAAGGAAGCCGGUGAUGUGGUGGCCUAUUCUUCCGGCGGCAAAGACUUCCCGGCCUAUCUGGAGAUUCCCAAGACCUACUUCUCGUGUGAACACAUGAAGCCGGGAUUGUACGCGGAUCUGGAUCACUACUGCCAGGUGUACCAUCGGUGUGAUGUCGGCGGUAAACAGUCGACGUAUCUCUGCCCGCCCAAGACACUGUUCAAUCAGAUUACCCUGGUGUGCGACUGGUUUUAUAAUGUCAACUGUCCCAACUCACGGCAAUUUAUUGAAUACUCCAACUCCCGUCUGUACUAUCCCCAGUGGCACGUUCUGGACACCCAACUUGACUAUGUCCAACCCUACGUCCAACCACCGCCCCCCGCGCACGUCCAACCCUACUCGCCCCCGGCCGCCGCACCCCAACCCCCGCCGGUCCUGUAUCCCGGCGUGAAAUCCGCCCAGCAACCACUGUACAGCAGCAACAUCAACGGCCACGAGAAUCCCGAAUACCAGAUGUCGGUGGUGAUUCGCAACCCCCAGCUGAUACCCGACUACAGUCUGGGAGCGGAGAGUAAUCUCAUGCCCAGUAAAGAGCAACUGGAUCAGCCGUCCGUCAUGCUAUCGACCCCCGUCCCACCCCCGCCCUCGAUGGUCAAUAUUAAUAUGGGCAACGGAGCCGGCGCGGGCGGCAGUGAGACGGUCGUGGUGGAUGCGCCGCCCCGGGCCAACGGGGGCAGCGUCAAUGUGACGAUUAAUUUAAGCGGUGAACAGAAUAAUCAAGGACCGACCGGUAUUAUGGUACCCGGUCCCCAGCAGGCCAUUAAGGAUGGGAAAGGUCAACCGGUUAAUCAACGGUUUAACGGGACGUAAUUUGUAUGUGUAAUUUAUAUGUUUUUAUUAUAAUUUUGUAUUGCUACAGUAGUUAAAUCGAAUCUGUUUUUGUAUUCGAGUUAACCUUAAUACGCUCAAUAAAGAUUCUUGAAGCAUAGUAGAUCAGUUU